UGUUGCCUAAUGAUUUGAACCCCUUUCCUUUUCACAUAGACCUGAGUGCUCGCUUUCCCAUAUUCUCUGCUUCUUCUUCUCCUCCUCUUUCUUCUUAUACUCUCUCUUCUGAUUCAAUUCUAAAGCUCCACUAAAUCUUUCUCCGAUGGGGAUUUCCAGAAUUCUAAUCCUUCUCUUUAUCCCUCUCUCCCUUUUUCACCCCUUUCCUGCUUCAUUUACUCCUACUGACAAUUACCUCAUCAACUGUGGCUCCGCCGCCAACGUCUCCUUCUUCUCCACCCGUCUCUUCCUCGGCGACUCCACGAAGCCAGGUUCGAAUUUUCUCUCCUCCGAUCGAUCCGUCUCUCUUUCCGACCCGAACCCGGAUCCGAGCUCGCCCGUUUUGUACCACACGGCUCGGGUUUUCCCCGUCGGGUCGUCCUCCGUCUACAAGUUCAGCGUCGCCAGUAACGGUACUCACUUUGUUCGUCUCCAUUUCUCACCGUUGCAAGCUCGAAACUUUAACUUGAAGUCGGCGAAAUUUCGAGUUUUGGUUAAUGGGUUCUCGGUGUUGAACGGUUUUAGUACUAAAUCUCUCGCGGUCAAGGAAUUUGUGCUGAGAAUCGAUGACCCAUUCAUUGAGAUUUCGUUUAGUCCCAUGGAAUCAUCAGGGUUUGGGUUCGUCAAUGCGAUAGAAGUGUUCUCUGCGCCGAAAGAUUAUAUUAUCGAUCAAGGGACUAAGUUUGUUGUCGGUAAUUUUGUCCAAGAGUUCUGGAACGUGUCGUCCAGAGUUCUGGAGACAGUUCAUAGGAUCAAUGUCGGUGGUAUGAAAUUGACGCCGUUCAAUGAUACCCUUUGGAGGACAUGGCUUGUUGAUGAUGAAUAUCUUGUCUUGAAAUCAGCUGCAAAACGUGUUGCGACCACUCAUUCUCCGAAUUAUCAGACAGGUGGUGCGAUGAGAGAGAUAGCUCCGGAUAAUGUUUAUAUGACGGCGCAAGAGAUGAAUCGAGACAACUCUGAAUUGCAGGCGAGGUUUAACAUCACUUGGGGUUUCCCUGUUGGUCCGAAGGGCGUUCCUCAUCUCGUUCGGUUGCAUUUCUCUGACAUUGUUAGCCCUUCACUCAACCAGCUUUACUUCACUGUCUUCAUCAAUGAUUACUUGGCAUAUAAGGACGUUGAUCUCUCCACGCUUACGUUCCAUGUUCUUGCCUCUCCGGUAUACGUAGAUUUCGUGGCGGAAUCUGAUCAUUCCGGGAUGAUGAGGAUAAGCGUCGGACCAUCCGAUCUGAGUAAUCCAGCGAGAUCCAAUGCCAUAUUGAACGGUGUGGAGAUCAUGAGGAUUCUGAAUCCGGGUAGUUCAAAGGCGGGAACCAAGAAGAGGAAUGCCGUAUGGGUCGUGGUUGGAUCGGUGGUUGGAGGUUUAGUGUUCAUGUCUCUGGCCUUCUUGUCCGUUCUCUGCGUGUUCAGACACAACAAGAAGAAGAAAGAUAAACCGAAGCGUUCAGAGAGCACAGGAUGGACGCCUUUGCGAAGAUUCAAAUGCAGUUCAUACAGUAGAACAUCCGGUGGAACUGGACAUGCUUCUUCUCCUGGUCCUAAUGGCUACAAUGCUUUGAGAAUCCCAUUCGCCGAAAUACAAUCAGCUACUAACGACUUCGACAGAAAUCUGAUCAUCGGAAUGGGUGGAUUUGGUAUGGUCUACAAAGCGGUUCUUAGAGACAACACCAAAGUAGCUGUGAAGAGAGGAGUGCCUGGUUCAAGACAGGGCCUACCGGAAUUUCAUACCGAGAUAACCGUUCUCUCUAAGAUCCGUCACUGCCAUCUCGUUUCGCUUGUCGGGUAUUGCGAAGAACAGUCAGAAAUGAUACUGGUUUACGAGUACAUGGAAAAGGGACCACUCAAGAAUCACCUGUACGGCUCUAAGAACCCUCCACUGUCUUGGAAACAAAGACUCGAGAUCUGCAUCGGUGCAGCCAGAGGCCUUCAUUACCUUCACACCGGUUCUUCACAAGGAAUUAUCCACCGAGACAUAAAGUCCACCAAUAUCUUGCUGGACGAGAACCAUGUGGCUAAAGUUGCUGACUUUGGUCUCUCCAGAUCUGGCCCUUGUCUCGACGAGACUCAUGUAAGUACUGGCGUCAAAGGCAGCUUCGGUUAUCUCGACCCCGAAUACUUCAGGAGACAACAGCUCACAGACAAAUCCGAUGUCUAUUCCUUCGGGGUUGUCCUCUUUGAAGUUCUUUGCGCUAGACCGGCUGUUGACCCGUUGCUUGCUCGGGAACAAGUGAAUCUAGCUGAAUGGGCGAUACAAUGGCAAAAGAGAGGCACGCUCGAGCAAAUCGUCGAUCCGAAUCUUGCAGGGCAGAUCAAACUGAGCUCGUUGAAGAAAUUCGGGGAGACCGCAGAGAAAUGUUGUGCUGAUUAUGGGGUGGAUAGGCCGACAAUGGGAGAUGUUUUGUGGAACUUGGAACAUGUGCUUCAACUUCAGGAGUCAUCUGGGCCUUCAGAUGAGCGUAGAGAAGGUUCUAGAAACUUUACCAGCUCGGAAACUGCCCUUGCGGGCCUGUCUAGUGGCUCGAACACUCAUAAGAGGGACAAUGGAGAUGGAAGUUCAGACAUUACCAGCAGUCAAGUGUUUUCACAGUUGAUGACCAACGAUGGCAGAUGAAAGUAGAGAGCUUAUUCUGUUUAUAUAGGCGAUUUUCGGUUUAGUCAUGACCCGGUAUCUCAAAUUCGGUUUUGUUAUGUGUUUCGUGUUAAUCGGUUCAGUUGUAUGUGUUUGUACUAUAGAGCAUAUGUAGUCGAUCAUAUACGGGGAUGGAUCAUAAUCAUAAACCGGAGAAUUAACGGUCUUUUCCGGUAUGUAGCAUUUUGCUUUUUUCUUGGGUUUAUUCUUGGUAUUUUUUUUA